AUGCCAGCCACCUCCUUGCGGCUGCGACGGGGGCCACUUGGUGCUGGCAUCAGCGUGCCAAGCCUGCAUGGCGUCCAGGCCUCCGACCCACGCCCUGUCCCUAAGCAGGAUGGGACAGCCCCCAGAGAAACUGCAGCUUCGGACGUCCACCUGUGGCCCCCAAGGCCAGCCUGGGGAGAGGAGACGUCCACAGCCGAUGGCUGGGUGGACGCCCAGGAAGGGCUGGUGGAGAGCGGCAGCCAAAUGGGCCAAGGAGACCCCCAGCCCAACCCCAGCCCCUCGUCCACAGCGGAGACCUGGGCUCUGAGGGAAAGCCAUGCACGGAGCUCCCGGGGACAAGGGGGGCCCUGCAGCCCCCGGGAAGCCAGCGUGGCUGAAGGCAGCGCAAGCCGAGUCGGGGCAGAGCUGGAGCUGGGCUUUGCCAGCAGCCCUGGCAGGGAGGCCCCCGAAAUGGAAGGCCAGUGGUCAGAGGAGCAGAGAACAGAGACCUGUUGGCAGGAGGACCCCCACCCCCACUCCUGGCAGGAAGCCACCCAGCUGACCACCUGUCCAGCUCCUGCUGAGGAGGCAAGGCCCCCCACCCAGAGCCAGGGCAGCCCCCCGCCCCAGCUCCCCGCCCCCUCGGCCCUGGACUCCCCGCCAGCGUCUGUUCCUGGGACCUGCUCGGGGUCAUCAGUGGGAUCCCGCACCCCCUCCUCCGUGAGCAGCCUGUCCUGUCCCUCCCUCCAGGAGUUCCAGAAAGUGUCCGCCAUUCUGGUCCAGCUCUCAGAUAGUUCUGCCUCCUUGUCAGACUGGGAGGCCGGGGACACCCCGGACGCAGUCCUGGGCUCAUCCGGGGAGUCCUCUGUUGGAGCCUCCAGGGGGCUGCACGGGGGUGGAGGACAGGCAGCCUGUGGGGCCCGUCCCCUGCGGGGCUCCCCCACUGCGUCAGGGCCAGGCCUCCUGCGGGCGGGCCAGCCACAGCUUCGCCCCGACCUCCCCUCGCCCGGGUCCGGAUCAGAGCUGUCGGAGGCGUCCAGCGAGGUCUGGGAUGAGGAGAGCCCACUGGAGCCUGGCACGGGUGCCCAGCCAGCUGCAGGGCGGCCCUUCCCUGCUGGAGGCUCCUCCAACCUGGAAGUUGGAGGGGCACCCAGCAUGGCACUUCUCUCCCCAGGCCCUGGUGGGGGCCAGGAAGCUUCUGGAACUGGUGGGAGCCUGACCAGUGAAUUAGAUGCAGGGAAGGCCAGCUGGCCAUGCCCUGAGGCUGCCUGCACUGCAUGCCUUCCCCGUGCCCCUUCCUGCAGCCACGCAGCCCUGUCCCUUCCCUUUCCCUCGGGGUCCUCGGGGUCCAAAGGGGCCGGUGUCAGCCAAGAAGGAGAGACGGGGCCUCUGCAGGCCUCCACCGACUGCCCAGAGGGGCCUCGGGAGGCUGACCUGAGCCCACAGAUUGACAGGAAUCCCCCACGGGCUCCUCCAGCAACCCCCAGGGUGCUGGCAGCCCUGAGGGCUGAGAGCCGGGCACCUGGGCACGUGGGCAGUGGAGCCCCCGCUGUCCCGGGGGAGGCCAGCCCCGCUCUGGAGGGCAGUGUCCUGCCUGAGAUCCUGUCCCCGGUGGACGAGGUGCUGUCCUACGGCAGUGCCGACCUCCCGUCCUCCACACACAGGGCAGCUCCUCUGCCUCCCGCCCUCCCAGCAGGCAGUGGGGCCACCCCCAGCCCCCCCUCCGAGGACUUCCCUUCCCCACCCGAAGACGCCUCCACCAGCACCUGGGAGUUACCCUCCUUGUCUGAGGCCCCGUCCCUGGGGCCCCAGGAGGCCAGCCUCUGCCUGGCGGCAGGUGCACAGGGCAGGAGCCUCGGGGACCAACUGGGCGAAUCACAUUCUACUGGGAGGAACCAGGUUGUGGGGGACCAGUGGUCUGAACCUGUCGGCUGGCUCAGGUCCCCCUGGUGUGAGGGGGCGGGCAAUGCCCUGGUCGGGCCCCCAUGGCAGUCUGUGCAGCCCCCAACACUGUCCGGAGAGGCCUGUGAGGCUGGAGAGGGCCUGCCAGCACUGUUGACGGCUGGCCACACAGGGCUGGCUGGCCCCUGGCAGGGAGAGUCAGCUCCUGCUUUGGACGGGGGCCCCUGCGUGGGCCCCGGUGGGGGCAGGGCAGAGGUGGUGGAUCUGGUCUCCACCCAGCUCAGCAGAAGGAUCCUGUGCGACACGCUGGCUGUGCUCUCGGAGCUGGCCCCACCGGGCAGCCCAGGGACAGGAGAGCUGGCAGGUGCCGGCCGUGUCCCAGGCCUCAUGGGGCAGCCGCUGGGCAGUCCUGGAAAGACAGGCCUCAGGAAAGAGUAG